AUGAUUUCAAAGCAUGUCACGGAAGCGGUGGCUCACAGAUUAGCCUCCUGUAAAGCGUAUGAAUUGAGAGAGAUUGCACUGAAAAGCGGAGUGAAAACCAUAGGUACCAAAGCCGCUUUGGAAUCGCGCCUUUUGAGUCAUUAUCAAGGUGUCAUUGACGAAAGUACACGACAAGGAAGAUUCUCGUUUGAGGACGGGCUUCCGUCGUCGGUGCUUUCCGUCGAUCUUGGUUAUCGCAAUCUGGCGUUUGUUCAAUUGACCAAGAACAAUACGGUGAAAGCGUGGUCCCGGGUGGACCUGGAAUUACCAUCGUUUCAUCCCUCGGUUGCCGCUCCUCUGGUACGCGAAUUCGUAAAAUCGCGAUUGAUGCCUUUGAUGCCAUCGACGGGCGCGAUUGCUGUAGAGCAGCAACGAGCAAGAAGCAAUGGAUCGUUUGGUGUUUUUGAAGUCACGUUGAGGGUCAACUGCGUUGAAGCCAUGCUGUGGUGUGCGUUGCACGAAGUCACCGAAGGUCGAUCAAUGCCCAAGGAAGCCAUUCCACGCCAGAUCGUCGAUGGCUAUUGGAAAGACACCCUUUUGCAGUUUGCUUCGGAUCCAUCCACCGCCAAAUUGACAGGCAAAGAUAAAAAGCAAGCCGGUACACGACUGGUCGAACAUUGGCUGGAAAAUAAUCAUACCAUUCACUGCAGUGAUACCUUAAAAGCUCAGUUUGCCCAAGAAAGCAAAAAAGAUGAUCUUAGUGAUUGUUUAUUACAAGCGCUUACUUGGUAUCAAUGGCGCCGAUUUAUUCUUGAAUACACUCAAAACGCAAUAAAAUAA